CCUGAAGUCCGCCGUCUGGGCCAGCCUUUUUCGAGCACAUCUCACGAAAAGUUUCAAUUCGACGGAGCAUGGAACUACGAGCGCGACCGGGAUAAUCUGCUUCUUACGCAGGGACAAUGCGAUCAGGCAUUUCCGGAUUUAUUUGCGGAAAUUGACCGCGCGAGUGAAGCUCGCUCGCUCAAUCCUAUUACCAUCCAGGAGCUCGACUCGAUCACACCGCGAAAUGGGUAUAUUCGUGCGAUGAUUUAUGACCAGCAACUAUACAUCAUCGCCAAAGAAGGGUCUAUCUGGUCGCGCGAAAUCGCGACCCUCGCCGCCAUCAAUCGAGCUCUCGUCUCCUCGCCCGAACCUCUACCCAACAUCGAAUUUGUCUUCAACACCGACGAUAGAAUUGACCAAGCCGCCUUGUGGGGCUAUGCCCGCCGCUCGGAAGAUGACCUGAUCUGGCUGAUUCCCGAUUUUGGAUACUGGUCUUGGCCCGAGAUCAAGGCUGGUUCGACGAAAGACAUUCUCCUGAAGGUCGAGAGCGCCGAAAAGCAAGAUGGCUGGACUUGGUCCAAAAAGGCUAAAAAGCUUCUGUGGCGCGGAGUCGCUCGCAUGGGGCCCGAGAUCCGCGAUAAACUUCUUGAAGUGACGAAUGGGAAGUCUUGGGCCGAUGUCAAGGAGCUUGGGUGGGGAGACCCGGCUAGUAUGAAAAACGAUUAUAAAACCAUGCCGGAGCACUGCGAUUAUCAAUACGUUGCACAAACAGAAGGGAACUCAUAUUCCGGCCGCCUAAAGUAUCUGCAGAUGUGUCGCAGCGUGAUAGUUUCCCAUAAGUUGGAGUGGAUUCAGCAUCACUACCACUUACUGCGAUCAUCGGGACCGGAGCAGAACUUUGUUGAAGUCGAGCGCGACUGGUCAGACUUGGAAAACAAGAUGGAUUGGCUCUUGUCUCAUGAAAAGGAUGCUCAGCGCAUUGCGGAUAACAACGUGAAGGUUUUCCGUGAGCGUUAUCUCACACAAGCGGCGGAGGUGUGCUAUUGGCGCCGUUUGAUUCGACAGUGGGCCAAGGUCAGUGACUUUAAACCAGAGUUCUACAAAGAAGAUGAGACUGGGAACAAGGUGUGGAGAGGCUUGAGUUUUGAAAGCUUCAUGUUAAUGCGGGCAAUGGAAUGGCAGACCUAG